AUGCCACCAUCGCCUGCUGCCAGGCAGGAUAUCAUCGUGCCGCCAUACCACACGUUCACAGUCCGCGACACGGUCGCAGCGCUCGACACAGACGCCAGCAACGGGCUGAAGGCGGAGUCGCGGGUGGCCGAUCUUCGCGCCCAGUACGGCGCCAACACGCUGGGCGACGACACCAAAAUCGACGUCAAGGCGAUUCUGCUUCACCAGAUCUGCAACGCCAUGAUCCUGGUGCUGUUCAUCUCCAUGGUGAUCACGCUCGCUAUCCGCGACUGGAUCUCCGGGGGCGUCAUCGCAUUCGUGGUGUUCAUCAACGUCGCCAUCGGCACAGUCCAGGAGUACAACGCCUCCAAGACCAUGAACUCGCUCAAGAGCUUGUCCACGCCCUCCGCGCACGUGGUUCGCAACGGCAACGACGAGGUCAUUGCCAGCAAGGACCUGGUGCCCGGCGACCUGUGUGUGGUCAAAGCCGGGGACACCGUGCCCGCAGACUUGCGUCUGGUGGAGUGUGUCAACUUUGAAACGGACGAAGCUUUACUCACGGGCGAAUCGCUGCCGAUCGCCAAAGAUGCCACUCAGGUGUACCCAGCCCAUGAGGACACGCCCGUGGGAGACCGUUUGAAUCUGGCCUUUGCCAGCUCCACUGUGUCCAAAGGACGGGCCACGGGUAUUGUAGUCCAGACAGGGUUGAACUCCGAAAUCGGCAAAAUCGCCAAAAGUUUGCAAAGCAAGACGUCCAUGAUCUCGCAAGACGAGAGUAAAUCGUUUGGGCAGAACGCUUACAUCACUCUCAAGACCACUGUGGGCUCGUUUCUGGGUACCAAUGUCGGCACUCCUCUCCAUCGGAAACUGUCCAAGUUGGCGGUGCUGCUCUUUGGCGUUGCCGUGGUGUUUGCUGUGGUGGUGAUGGCCACCCAGAAAUACAAUGUCAACAAAGAGGUUGCCAUCUACGCCAUUUGUGUAGCUGUGUCCAUGAUUCCCUCUUCUCUAGUUGUGGUGUUGACCAUCACGAUGUCGGUUGGGGCCAAGAUUAUGGCUACCAAAAAUGUGGUGGUUCGAAAGCUGGAUUCCCUCGAGGCUCUCGGAGCUGUCAACGACGUUUGCUCCGACAAGACUGGAACUUUGACCCAGGGCCGGAUGAUUGUCAAGCAGGCUUGGGUGCCUUCCUUUGGCACUGUCACCGUGUCCAACUCCAACGAACCAUUCAAUCCCACCGUUGGAACAACUGAAUUGAUUCCUGGAUUUUCUCCACACGACUAUAAGCACAAUGAGACCGAAGAUGUGGGCAUUCUUCAGGGCUUCAAGGACCAUUAUAAGAAGCGCUCCCUUCCACAAGAGCUGAAUACAACUCUUUUCGCCAACUGGUUGAAGACCGCUACCCUUGCAAACAUUGCUCAAAUAUACCAAGAUCCGGAAACACAUGAGUGGAAAGCUCAUGGCGACCCAACUGAAAUUGCAAUUCAGGUGUUUGCACACAGAAUGGAUUUGCCCAGAUCGGCUUUAACAUUGGAAGGUGAACUUAGCGACAGCGAACCGGAUGACAGCGAUAACAAUAACAACGAUGAGAAGUCAACUGCCAGUGGCGUAGUGCCCAGCCACAGGCAUGUUGCAGAAUUCCCCUUUGACUCCUCUGUGAAAAGAAUGUCUUCUGUCUACAGCUGUACUAACGAAAGCAACAAGCACUACGUUCACACCAAAGGGGCCUUUGAGAAAGUUCUCAGUUGUUGCACUCACUGGUUACCCACCAGUGAUUGCGAAGAGACAAGCGCCAAGCCCAUGACUGAAGACGCCAAAGAUGUGGUGAUGAAAAACGUCGAGGUUUUAUCCUCCGAGGGCCUCAGAGUUCUUGCGUUCGCUACCAAGAGCUUCACCGAGGAGGAGGCGCUGGACUUGGGUGAGAAGUUAACCAAGGAUCGUGAUUUUGUUGAGAAUAACUUGAUUUUCCAAGGUUUAGUAGGAAUAUACGAUCCUCCACGCCAGGAGAGCGCAAGUGCCGUUAAGAAGUUUCAUAAAGCUGGCAUUAAUGUCCACAUGCUAACAGGUGACUUUCCAGGAACCGCCAAGGCCAUUGCACAGGAAGUUGGUAUCCUGCCGCGCAAUCUUUACCACUAUCCUAAAGAAGUUGUGGACGCAAUGGUUAUGACUGCCACACAAUUUGACAAAUUGCCCGAUGACGAGAUUGAUAACUUGCCAGUCUUACCCUUGGUAAUUGCAAGGUGCAGCCCAGCCACGAAGGUCAAGAUGAUUGAAGCUCUUCAUCGCAGAAAAAAGUUUUGUGCCAUGACUGGGGAUGGUGUAAAUGACUCUCCCAGUCUAAAGAUCGCCAAUGUAGGUAUUGCGAUGGGAAUCAAUGGGUCCGAUGUUGCGAAAGAUGCCUCGGACAUUGUAUUGAGUGACGAUAAUUUUGCCUCUAUUUUAAACGCUGUUGAGGAAGGUAGAAGAAUGACUGACAACAUCCAGAAGUUUGUUUUGCAGUUGUUGGCAGAAAAUGUCGCACAAGCACUCUACCUCAUGAUUGGUCUUGCGUUCUUAGAUGAGGAUAAUCUGUCAGUCUUCCCGUUAUCCCCGGUUGAAGUUUUAUGGAUUAUUGUGAUAACGUCAUGCUUCCCCGCAAUGGGUCUUGGGUUAGAGAAGUCUGCUCCUGAUGUCAUGGAGAAACCUCCAAAAGACUCUAAGGCAGGUAUCUUCACCUGGGAAGUGAUUUCGGAUAUGUUUGUUUAUGGAUUCUGGAUGGCAGCAUGCUGUUUAGCUUGCUUUGUCACUGUCAUAUAUGGUAAGGGCGAAGGACAGCUGGGAACUAACUGUAAUAACAAAUAUAACGAUAGUUGCCACUACGUUUUCCGUGGCCGUGCUGCCACAUUUGCUACCAUGACUUGGUGCGCACUGAUUUUGGCCUGGGAAGUUAUUGACAUGAGAAGAUCGUUUUUCAAAAUGCAACCGGAAACCGAUACUCCUUACACCCAAUGGAUGAAAGACAUUUGGUCAAACCAGUUUCUAUUUUGGUCAGUCGUUUGUGGUUUCGUCUCAGUGUUCCCUGUUGUCUACAUCCCUGUUAUCAAUGACGACGUCUUUAAACAUGCGGGCAUCGGCUACGAAUGGGGUUUGGCAAUUGCUUAUACUCUGGUAUUUUGGGCCGGUGCUGAGUUAUACAAGUACUUCAAGAGAUUGUAUUUCAAGAAUUCGGAUCAUGCCAACAAUCCUGAGAGUGAUUUGGAAAACAAGUGUGUUCAUGACCCCUUCGAAAAAUACAACACAUCUUACUCAGGUUCCACAGCUUAUCAAACAACACUUGGUGAAGGCAAAUAA